CCCCCCCCCAAUAUGGGCGGAGACUUUGGAGACCGACCGUGCGCUUUCUGGACGUAACUUCGGCGGAGAGAAACGGAGAUUGGAGUUUGGAAAACAAAUCCUGGAAAUCAGAUUUCAGACAGAUAUUCGGGACGCCUGCUUUGCGGUAAACUACUGGAGAAAAUUAAACAAGAUGGGUUUUCGGUUUUAAAGCAUAAACUGGUGGGCUCGCGCGUGCACCACAAGAAUCAAAGCGAAGUGGUCCGUAGGCUAUAACUUCAGACCGAGACUGUUCAUCCGGCUGCUAGUUCUCCGGAUUAUUUAUUUGAUGACACACCGUUUUGUAAUCUUUGUUUUGAAUCCCCGUUUGCAUAAUGAUUCCACGCCACUUUGCUGGAACAGAAACGGACAAAGAGGGGGUUGCACUAUUCUGGAUCGACUGAGCGGACACGAUGUGGAUUUCAUGAGUGGUCUGCAGCAGAUUGACAUCUGUGCCAGAAACUUCCCAGCUGCAAAUUUCAGAUAAUUGCUUAUUUUCGGGAAAUAAUGUUGAGCAGAAGGCAAUGGACAUACGUCACGGCGAUUAGCUAUCUUAUUUUAGAAAUAUUAAUUCGCAAUGUUAAAGGUCUCAACGUUUGUACUAGCGGCAGUGCGACCUCCUGCGAGGAAUGUCUGCUUAUCCACCCGAGCUGCGCGUGGUGCGCGCAAGAGGAAUUCGGGAGUCCUCGGACUCUGACGUCCCGCUGCGAUCUGCAGCAGAACCUGCAGAAGAGGGGCUGCGAGGCCCCGUUCAUCGAAAGCCCCAGGAGCAACUCCUCCGUCCUGGAGAACGUCCCGCUGAGUUCUAAAGGGUCCGGGCCGACCCAGUACGACGUCAUCCAGAUAGCGCCCCAGAAGGUCUCGCUGAGUCUCCGGCCCGGUGACCAGGCAUGGUUCGAGGUGCAGGUGCGGCAGGUGGAGGACUACCCCGUGGACCUGUACUACCUGAUGGACCUGUCGCUGUCCAUGAAGGACGACCUGGACACCAUCCGCAACCUGGGCACCAAGCUGGCGGAGGAGAUGAAGAAGCUGACCAGCAACUUCCGCCUGGGCUUCGGCUCCUUCGUGGACAAGAACAUGUCGCCCUUCUCCUACACCGCGCCCAAGUACCAGAACAACCCCUGCAACGGGUAUAAGCUGUUCCCGAACUGUGUCCCCUCCUUCGGUUUCCGCCACCUCCUCUCUCUGACGGACAAGGUGGACCGGUUCAAUAAGGAGGUGCAGAAGCAGAUGGUGUCCCGCAACAGGGACGCCCCGGAGGGGGGCUUCGACGCCAUCCUGCAGGCGGCCGUGUGCAAGGAAAGGAUCGGCUGGAGGAAGGAGGCCUUCCACCUGCUGGUGUUCGCCACGGACGACGUCCCGCACCUGGCGCUGGACGGGAAGCUCGGCGGGCUGGUGGAGCCGCACGACGGCCAGUGCCACCUCAACGAGAAGAGCGAGUACAGCGCCUCCACCAGGAUGGACUAUCCCUCUCUGGCCCUGCUGGGGGAGAAGCUGGCUGAGAACAACAUCUAUCUCAUCUUCGCCGUGACCAAGAAGCUGUAUGUUAUUUACAAGAACUUCACUGCUCUGAUACCUGGUACCACGGUGGAGAUUUUAGACCAGGACUCCAAGAACAUCAUCCAGCUGAUUAUCAAUGCCUAUAAUAACAUCCGGUCCAAAGUGGAGCUGACGGUGUGGGACCACCCCGAGGACAUCAGCCUGUCGUUCACGGCGACCUGCCAGGACGGGCGCCCGCUGGCCGGCCUCCGGAAGUGCGCCGACCUCAAGAUCGGAGACACGGUGUCCUUCAACGUGAGCGUGGAGGCGCGGGGCUGCCCCGCCCCGGACGAGCGGCAGAGCUUCACCAUACGGCCCGUGGGCUUCAAGGACCGGCUGGAGGUGCAGGUGGCGUACCGCUGCGACUGCGGCUGCACGCAGCUGACGCAGCCCAACAGCACGCGCUGCAGCGGGGCGGGCACGCACAGCUGCGGCACCUGCGGCUGCGAGCCGGGCUACCUGGGCACGCGCUGCGAGUGCCAGGAGGGCGAGGCGGGCAGCGUGCAGCUGGGGGCCUGCCGCGAGGCCGAGGGCAAGCAGGUGUGCGGCGGGCGGGGCGAGUGCCGCUGCAACCAGUGCCUCUGCUACGAGUCCGAGUUUGGCAAGAUCUACGGCACCUUCUGCGAGUGCGACGACUUCUCCUGCGCCCGCCACAAGGGGGUCCUCUGCUCCGGUCACGGGGAGUGCCACUGCGGCGAGUGUAAGUGCCACGCCGGCUACGUGGGGGAUAACUGCAACUGCUCGACGGAGACGGCGGCGUGCGUGUCGGGCGACGGGCAGAUGUGCAGCGGGCGUGGCGUCUGCGUCUGCGGCGGCUGCCAGUGCACCGAGCCCGGCGCCUUCGGCGACACCUGCGAGAAGUGCCCCACCUGCCCCGACGCCUGCGGCACCAAGAGGGAGUGUGUGGAAUGCCGGCUCUUUGGCUCCGGGAAACACGACAACCAGACCUGCCAACGCCUGUGCAAGGAUGAGAUCGUCACCGUGGAAACGCUCAAGUCGGAUGACCCGGGCGCGGUUCUGUGUCUGUAUAAGACGGAGAGCGACUGCGUGAUGAAGUUCACGUACUCGGAGCACGCCAGCGGCCAGUCCGUGCUCACCGCCCUGAAGGAGCCAGAGUGUGCGGCGGCUCCGGACGCUCUCACCGUGCUCCUGGCGGUGGUCGGCAGCAUCCUGGCGAUCGGCAUCGCGCUGCUGGCCGUCUGGAAGCUGGUCAUCACCGUCCACGACCGGCGGGAGUUCGCCCGCUUCCAGAGCGCCCGGUCGCGGGCGAGAUACGAGAUGGCGUCCAACCCCCUGUACAAGCAGCCCAUCUCAACCCACGCAGUGGAGACGGUCUUCAGCAUGAACACCAAGUCCUACAAUGGAGCGGUCCACUGAUCCCUCAUCGCUGGGGAGGGGGGGGGAGGGCUGUGGGGGUGGGCAGGGGGGUGGGAGAGAGGGAGCAGCAGCAGGACUGGCUCAAAGAGAGACAACAUGGGGGAGGGGGGGGCGGCGUGGGGGGGGCAGACUGCCAGCAGAGAUUCUCAUCUGACCAACAAGAACUGAGCGACGGAGUUCAGAUGUGGAUCCUCUGCUCCACGUGACGGGUGGCUUUUCCCUUUCCCGCUAAAACGGUUCACAUGACUCCAGACCCCCCGGGCCAUGUGACUGUGUGCGUGUUUACCCUGUGACAUUCAUUCAACCCAACGGACAGGAGGGAGAGGAAAUCAAGUUAUCGCCCUCCUGCCUGGACUUCAUUGGGCGAGACAAAAAUGGAAUGAUCUUGAAAGACUUUGUGAGAGGCUGAACUGUGUAUGUGUGUGUUUUGUAAUCGGAUAGAACCUGGAUAAAGAAUCACGGAACUUUCUUUGGAUCGUCUUGUCAGAUCUUCACAGACCGUGACUUCCUUUUAAGCAGAGAUUGUACAGAUGCUGAGGCAGUGAUUCUUAUAUGUAUAUAUUUUUUCACCUUUGAAAAGGCCUUUUGAUGUAAACAACUAUGCAUUGUUUUUUUCAUAACAAAUGUAAACCGACUCAGUUUUGUACAGGAUCAGGAGUACUCUGAAGUUCAUAGAAGUAUACAUUUAUAUAUUUGCUGAUCACCUCAGUAUUGUGGUACUAACAUAAGUAGUAGUUUCUGACCCUUGAUUUGCACAAAAGAUGGUAGGAUUCAGACGUAUGGAGUUAAAUACAAAGCAACAAAAUGUAAUUUUCAAUAUUCCUCACGUAUCAUCAUGAACUGUCUUCCGAGAUCUAUGGUUUUAUUCAGUCUCACUCUUAAAGAUGGAGGGCAACUGAGAUGUCCAUUAAAGAGGGAAGUAAUUAACUGUUACACACUUCCUUCCAGCAGGGGAAAUGGCAAACGGCAAAACUCCGGGUGUAGCGCACACAAAGGCCUUUACUGGUGAUGGGAUGGUGGGGGGUUGAAUCACCUGACUUGAGGUUUGUGUGUGUGUGUGUGUGUGCACGUGUGUGUGUGCACGUGUGUCUGUGUCUGUGUGUGCACGCUUGUGUGUGUGUGUGUGUGUGUGUUCGUGUGCGCGCGCAUGUGUUCGUGUGCACGCAUGUGUGUGUGAGAGAGUGAAAGUGUGUGUGUGAAAGUGUGCAUUCUGCCAAACCCCAUCAGAUGCAGUAGAAAGGGCUCACAGUGAUGCCUUAAGCCUGCUGGUGUGUCUUAGUGGCAGGAGGGGGACGGUUGGAUAUUACUGUACGGCUGAGGAUGAUUCUGCUCCAGGACACUCCAUUUUCUUCCUGUUUUUAUUUUUAUUUUUAUGGUUUUCUUUUUUUGAAGUGGGGAGCGGGGGGGGCAGGCCACAGGAGCCACUUCUUUGGAUGGAGAUGUACAACCCCCCCCCCCUUUUUUUUUGUUUAUGAACUGGUAUUGAAUACAGAGCAGAUAUUAUUGAUAAUAAAUGGAUGACUGUAAGA